CACACACACACACAGACACACAGCUGCGUUCCGCUGCAGCUGAGCGGCCGCUACAGGCCGGUACGGUACCGUAUCAUAUAAAAUAAAUAAUAAUAAUAAAAAAUAAUAAUAACAAAUUUGACCACCGGCCGAUUCGGCCUGAAAUGGACCGGCCGUUCGGGAUUGUUCCCGGUAUUCCCGAUUGCCAAUCCGUCCCUGCCAGUAUGAGUGGCAAGGCUAGAGCAGCCUGCGCGUUCGUGACAGCAGCAGUGAUCCAUCUGAUGGCCGGUUUUAAGAUAAUACUGUUAGCAUUUGUUUUUAUUCUUGCGAGCUCAGCGGCAUCUAACGAAUGCCCAGCAAAUCAGGAAACAUCGUGCGACAGCCUGCGCGCGCCCCAUCAUGGAUACACCUACACGGUACCAGCGGACAUACCAUGCUCUGAAGAUUGCGAACACGGGUGGUACUAUCAGAAUGGUACGUUUAUUGUCGACUCAACUCCGAAUGCCGAUGGAAAGAGGUUACCAGUGGUAGUGGAUGUAACGCCCCAGAAGCUGUCAUUGAGUGUCUGCGAGAACCUGAAGUGGGAACUUAUAUGUGCCAAGUGUAACUGCAGUAUCAAUUAUCAAGUUACAAGAUCCAUAAAACAUCCAGGAGCACGUGACACCUUGACAAGAAAUAAUACAUCAGUGGAUGAACAAGAUGGCAACCGCAAAGGCAACGAUUUUCCUGACUGGGCUAUUGCUUUACUCGCAAUUGCUGGUGGAAGUAUCGGCAUUUUAUUCAUUGUAAUAAGGGCAAAACGCUUCUGUAACAAAAAACAAAAUGCUGUGAUAUAGUGGCAAUGCUUUGAUUUUGUGCCUUCGAAGAAAUCACCUCAGGUUGUUGCAGAGGGACUGUGCCUCCAAUACCAUUUAUAUAAGCCACUCUAGAUGACCAAAAUAAUCACUAUUAUACUUUAUUUCCAAUUGUUUUUUGUUUGUUUUUUGUAUGAUUUUUCACAUAUAAAACAUUCUGUUGUUUUAGUAGCUUCUUGUAUUGCAGAGCUUUUUGUGCUUCUUUUAAACCAAAUAUAACCUUAACUCUGUUUUGUGUUACAUCACAUGCAGGACUAUGGAGGGUACUAACACUAUAUUGAAAAAAGAUUGCAUUAUCUAAAAAACUUUUUGAAGCUUUGGAUUCUAUAUAUAGGCCUACUAACAUGUAACCCCCGCAUUCACAGUUUUCAGUAAACGUAUUAGUAAAUUAGUUUCCUAUUCAGAUGGUGAUGAUACAAAAUUUCAUGGAGAUCUCACUAAGUUGCAUUUGUGAGAAAAUUGAAAUCCUUCAAAUUUUCAUCACAUGUUGCAUUACAUCUCCAGAGUGUGUAUUUUUCAAUAUAUAUAUAUAUGAAUUUUGCCAAUGUAAUCAUAAAUCUCAAGUUCUAGUUAUUAUCAAGCACUCGUUAUACAUAUGUCAAUGGGGCAUGUAUGUAUUUUAAAAAGAAAUAUGUUACUAUUUUCAUAACUUUUUAUAAAGCUCAUGAAAUUGUAUACAUAAAUGUAGCUCCAAAUUUACUUUUGAUAUUGUUAACACUGUCAACACCUUCACUGCCUAAAAUUACAUUCACACUGACAUUUAAAUAGCUGAUGAUUGUCUCUUUUUUCUUGUAGGUGAUUGUAAUUUUCUGUAAUUAUCCUAUAGCAUAACAUUGGUAGCCAGCACAUCGCUUUACCCUUCAUUUGCAUAAAGUUUUCACCAGAAAAUGCAAUGACGUUUUAUUAGUGAGAACCCUUUCUUAAGUCUAAAGCUUUUUUGUGUGGGGGCGGGCGGGGGUGGGGGAAGUACACCCAUCUAAUGCAAUACUAGAUUAAUCCAAAGAAAACAGUUAUCAAAAGGGCUUCUUCUAAACAGUGCAAUAGUACCCGAAGGGAUAGAUAAAGAACAAAGGAGUUAUUUUGAGGUUACUGCCAUUGUAUUUACUACAUUGUAUUACAUGCUAUUGCACUGUCAUAUUAUGUGUAAUAAUAUGAUUUUAAUAAAUAAUUAUAAAAGUUUAGUGUCUGCUGCCAUUGUAUUGUGAGAUGAAAUUAGCACUUGUAGAGAAUUAUGCAACAUUUAUUACAUUUGUCUCAGUAUUUGUGUAGGAAUUAUACUUAUCUUGAAUGUAUUUUAGACAUGAUUUUUCACAAUUAUUUUGUUAUAUAUUUGUUACAACCUUUUCAAUCUUCAUUUUAUAAAAUUUUGACUUUGCUGUGAGUCUAGCUAUCUUGUUAGGGGUCUCAGUAAAAUUUGAUAAGACUUUCCAUGUCUUGUGAUGUUACUUCCUUGGUUUCACACUUUAAAAAUAAAAAUGUUUUCCUUUCUUUUGACA